GGGAAAUACAAACUUAGUUUAGCUAUCGUCAAAAUUGAAUAUUUAUUACUUCUUCUUUUACAAUAACCCCUGCCGCCUUUGCACUAUCGUGUGCAGUGUGCACAAUGCCUUGAAUUGCUUCACUUUGCAUACGUUCCUUUUUUUUUUACCGUAAUAAUAACAAAAAGGUCUGUGCUUGAGGAAAGACGGAUCUCCUCAGCAACUUGGAAGUAAACAUAUUCUCAAUUACGACAUUUACUACAUUUCACCAAAUUUCCCCUUAUUACAGUUGAGUCAGUUCAGCCUAGCCAUACUUCUAUGCAAUUACUCGCCCACCAUGUUAGCCGCUCGAGAUCAGGAGAACUUGGUUUUCAACCGUCGAAGCAGCGCUGCCCAUAGCAAACAGCAGAACCAAACUAAGCGCCAACAGACACCAGGAGCGAGAUUUGCCAAAACACCUCUCAAGGUUCCUCUAAAUGACGAGAAUGGCGCGCACGCUGUUGGUGGUGCUAAGAGCGUUCUUGGAGGUAGAACAGGUGGCAAUGAGAACACACUUAGAUCCAAGGGGAAAGGAUUGAGCAAGGCUAAUAUUGCUACACCUGCAAAUCUACGCAAUAGAGCAAUCCUAGGUGACAAGACGACCAAUGCGAAAGCCAAUGGCCAACAGACCGUAAACGUUAAGAGCGCAAUACAGGAGAUUGAGAAGUCACAGGCCAAUGGAUCGACAACUGUUCAACCUAAGAAGAAGUUGAUAGUUCAUGCCGAGGAGGAAAUCGAGUUCGCCCCUCCCCGACCGAAAUCGAAGGGUAGUCCUUAUAAGUCGGACCUCUUCCCUGACGGCGCCCUCGAUCUAAAAGUAUUGGACCGCAAGAAUCUAUUCAACGGGUACUAUGACUACUACUUUAAACCCCUCGAUGAUCGUGGCGUCCUCCUAGAAGAUAAGCAGUUAGUUGAGAGAAACAAGGAAAUAUUUGAAGAAUCCGACAGACGACUCUUGGAGGAUGUGGAUGACAUGAAAUGGGACGUCCGAAACGAAAUCUCAGGUAUCCAGACGAAGUCCCUUUUUGAGGAUGACAGUGUCGACGCCGAUACAAAGGAAGCCGGCGUUGAUGAUGUAUUGUCUUCCAUCGUGCUAGGGGAUGUUACUGGUGCUAUGUCCAUGGAAGACAAAACUAAGUCACUGCAGCGAAAGGCGACCAAACCUGCCGAAGCCAGCAAAAUCCCGAAGCCUACCUUCAAGUUCAUGUCCAGCUCUAGGCGACCACCUAGCGCACAGGCCCAGGCAAUUCCCAGAAAGACCUCUUUGGAGAUGGAGGCGAAUUCAAGAACGACAGUCGGCUAUAACAAAGGACGGCGCGUGGCAGAUUUGCUUCAACGAGGGCCUACACCGCCUACCAAGCCGGUCCGUACGUUAAGUCGUACUAACUCAGCAUUGUCGAAUACCUCCGAUAAGACUAUUACUUCCACCCGACAGACUAAUAGGCGAGAUUCCAUCGAACAGCAGGCGUGGAAAGACAGAAUUACACUCAUGGCCGUAUUCAACUCGGAGGAUGAUAGUGAUGAUGAUUGCGAAGUUGGCAAGCAUCCAACUGUAGUUGAGGAUCCAUCAUUUGAGUUUCGUCUGACAGACUAAGGUGUUGUGGAAUUUUUACUUGUACGUUGGCGUUAUUGGUCGACUUGGCAGUGUAUGAAGUUUAUGAGUGGCGUUAGGCUCUGAGGACUAAAGUCGGCGUUGUUAAUUUGUAGCAUAGUCUUUAAGGGCUGGUCUUGUAGGCCAGUAACUAUCCCAAGAUAGUCAGUCUUAUGAAAGACAAUGCGAAUUAAUUUAUUGCAUUGCUGUCGUUACAACGUAAUCGUAUUCUCAAAUAAUACGCUCAUUUAGAAUCUUAAAAAGCA